UUUAGUAGAGACAGGGUUUCACCAUAUUGGUGAAGCUGGUCUCGAACUCCUGACCUUGUGAUCCACCCACUUCGGCCUCCCAAAGUGCUGGGAUUACAGGUGUGAGCCACCAUGCCCGGCCUCAUCCCCUUUCUAAUGUGUGCUGUAACCCUAGUUGAUUCUGCUGGGGGAGGAUCUGGAAUCAUCUCAUUGAGCAUCCCACCACUAGAGCAAGAGAAGUCAUAAGAUACCCCAUUCUUUCUCCACUUCCAACUCUCCUCAGAGCAGUACGGGACAUUCCAGACCCUCUCACCACCUCAGCCCCUCCCCUUACUCCUGUCACGAGGCCCAAUCCCCCAGAGCCCUUUCAUGUGAUGCUCAGCUGAGACCCCUCUGCCUAUCUCUCCCAGCCCCAGAACAAAAGGUCUGGGCUGUGUUCACCCGUACCCAUCCCAAGGGGAGAGGAUUGUAUCUCCUUAGUCUUCUUACCCAAUACUACAUUCUCUGACUCCCCACUUUAAAUAUCCUACCCCAAGAGACAUUUCUUAAAAGAGUCUCCCGCACAUUUCACCCCUUUGGAGCCCCUGUUCCAGCUCACUGCCAAGGAAGCCUCAGAAUCAGUGCCACAGAAACCUUCUAUUCUUCCACCCCUCCAAGCAUAUGAGAUUAUUUUCAGGCUCAAUCCCAAAACUCCAUGUAGGGAGGGAGCCCAGGUGCCCACAUUCUCACUAAAUCAAAUGAGUGGGAGACGCCUGAAAUAUUGCCGCUAUCUCCCAUUAGGAGGAGAGAAACCAGAGCAGGGGGAAUUCAUCCCCAAGUUCACACCUGCUCAUGUCCACAUAUCCACACAUACCUUUUGUAGCCCCCACAGCCAGCAAAGCACCUAUCACAGCCAAAUGAAGAAGGCAUCUUUUUAGCACCAGAUCCAUUGUGUUCUUCCCUCCAGCAACCAAAGGCACUGGGGGGACUGGGAUAGGCCCCUAUAUAAGAAAAGGGUGCUCAUUUGCAUAGCCCUUCCUCUUCUCCCUCAGAGAAGGCCUGGGAGGGGCCGGAGAAGAGGAAAAAGGAAAAACUGACAAAGGGAUCCUGGUCCCUAGACAUUGCUUUCCCAUCCUGCUACUCAAUGGCAGUUUCUGGUUUCACUGGGUCACUCUCAUAUACUCCCGGGCAAGGGCUGACUGAAAGGCAGCUGCAUAACACAUACCAGACACAACAGUUCAUCAUGGGAGAGUGAAUUAAACCAGGAACUUCUCAAAAAAACAGAAACAGAACCCUGCAUCCCAAAACAGAGACAGCGUCGGGGUAGGCUAUGAGGCAGAGGCAACAACAACUCCUCUGAGGUCCAGGAAUUCUUUACAACGAGAUUCCUGGUUUCCUGCUUUUCAAAGGAGGCUCCUGGGCCAGGUGGAAUUUAACCUUAGGUCGAUACAUAUUUUCCCCAGGAGUGGUGAAAAUAGUGAGUUAGAAAUCAAGAAAUCCCUACAGACUGGAGACACAGGUAGGAAACUUGGACCCAAAGUAGGUACUUAGGAAGACUGUUCAGCCGCCCCACCAAGGAAGAAAUUUGUCUAGCCCCCGAAGAACCAAACUUGCCUGGGGCGGGGUCAUUUGCGGGGAGGAGCGCUGCACUCGCCCCCCGGCUCUGACGUUGACCAAUAGAAAGGCCUGGGGGCGGAGCCAGGGAAACGCGGGAAGCAGGGGCGGGGCUUCUGGUGGCGGUCGGGAACUCGGGGGGAGGCGGCAACAUUGUUUCAAGUUGGCCAAAUUGACAAGAGCGAGAGGUAUACUGCGUUCCAUCCCGACCCCGGGGCACCAUACUGGGCCCUGUUUCCCCCUCCUCGGCCCCCGAGAGCCAGGGUCCGCCUUCUGCAGGGUUCCCAGGCCCCCGCUCCAGGGCCGGGCUGACCCGACUUGCUGGCUCUUCAUGGAGAACUUCCAAAAGGUGGAAAAGAUCGGAGAGGGCACGUACGGAGUUGUGUACAAAGCCAGAAACAAGUUGACGGGAGAAGUGGUGGCGCUUAAGAAAAUCCGCCUGGACACUGAGACUGAGGGUGUGCCCAGUACUGCCAUCCGAGAGAUCUCUCUGCUUAAGGAACUUAACCAUCCUAAUAUUGUCAAGCUGCUGGAUGUCAUUCACACAGAAAAUAAACUCUACCUGGUUUUUGAAUUUCUGCACCAAGAUCUCAAGAAAUUCAUGGAUGCCUCUGCUCUCACUGGCAUUCCUCUUCCCCUCAUCAAGAGCUAUCUGUUCCAGCUGCUCCAGGGCCUAGCUUUCUGCCAUUCUCAUCGGGUCCUCCACCGAGACCUUAAGCCUCAGAAUCUGCUUAUUAACACAGAGGGGGCCAUCAAGCUAGCAGACUUUGGACUAGCCAGAGCUUUUGGAGUCCCUGUUCGUACUUACACCCAUGAGGUGGUGACCCUGUGGUACCGAGCUCCUGAAAUCCUCCUGGGCUGCAAAUACUACUCCACAGCCGUGGACAUCUGGAGCCUGGGCUGCAUCUUUGCUGAGAUGGUGACUCGCCGGGCCCUAUUCCCUGGAGAUUCUGAGAUUGACCAGCUUUUCCGAAUCUUUCGGACUCUGGGGACCCCAGAUGAGGUGGUGUGGCCAGGAGUUACUUCUAUGCCUGAUUACAAGCCAAGUUUCCCCAAGUGGGCCCGGCAAGAUUUUAGUAAAGUUGUACCUCCCCUGGAUGAAGAUGGACGGAGCUUGUUAUCGCAAAUGCUGCACUACGAUCCUAACAAGCGGAUUUCGGCCAAGGCAGCCCUGGCUCACCCUUUCUUCCAGGAUGUGACCAAGCCAGUACCCCAUCUUCGACUCUGAUAGCUUUCUCGAAGCCCCCAGCCGUAAUCUCACCCUCUGCUCCAGUGUGGGCUUGACUUGGCUUGGCCUUGGGCUAUUUGGACUCAGGUGGGCCCUCUGAUCUUGCCUUAAACACUCACCUUCUAGUCUUGGCCAGCCAACUCUGGGAAUACAGGGGUGAAAGGGAGGAACCGGUGAAAAUGAAAGGAAGUUUCAGUAUUAGAUGCACUUAAGUUAGCCUCCACCACCCUUUCCCCCUUCUCUUAGUUACUGCUGAAGAGGGUUGCUGUAAAAAAAAAAAAGAAAGAAAGAAAAAAAAAAGCCUUCCUACAUGUUAGAUUUGCCGUACCAAUCUCUGAAUGCCCCAUAAUUAUUAUUUCCAGUGUUUGGGAUGACCAGGAUCCCAAGCCUCCUGUUGCCACAAUGUUUGUAAAGGCCAAAUGAUAGCAGGGGGCUAAGUUGGAACUUUUGAGAACCAAGUCAAACAAAACCACUGGGAGGAGUCUGUUUUAAAGAAUUCGGUUGAAAAAAUAGAUCCAAUCAGUUUAUACCCUAGUUAGUGUUCUGCCUCACCUAAUAGGCUGGGAGACUCAAGACUCAGCCCGGGUGGGGCUGCAGAAAAAUGAUUGGCCCCAGUCCCCUUGUUUGUCCCUUCUACAGGCAUGAGGAAUCUGGGAGGCCCUGGGACAGGGAUUGUGCUUCAUUCCAAUCUAUUGCUUCACCAUGGCCUUAUGAGGCAGGUGAGAGAUGUUUGAAUUUUUCUCUUCCUUUUAGUAUUCUUAGUUCUUCAGUUGCCAGGGAUCCCUGAUCCCGUUUUCCUCUGAAGUCCACCUCCUACCCCAUAGGAGUUGGAAGUUAGGGUUUAGGCAUCAUUUUGAGAGUACUGACACUUUUUUAGGGCUGUGAUUGAGUGAGGGCAUGGGCAACAAUAUUUCUUUAAAAGAAGGAUGAACAAUUAUAUUUAUAUUUCGGGUUAUAUCCCACAGUAGGGUUGGCUUUUUUUUUUUUUUUUUGGUUAGAGUGGGUGGAUUUGUUGCCACGUGCACCUUGGGGUUUUGUAAUGACAAUGCUUAAAAAAAAAAAAAGCAUUUUUUUUGUUUAUGAUUUGUUUCUGUUACCCUUGUCCUUGAGUGCUCUUGCUAUUAACAUUAUUUGUAAUUUAGUUUGUAGUUCAUUAAAAAAAUAUGCCUAGUUUUAUAGUUCA